AUGCCGAUUGCUCGACCAUCUCAUAUUACCACAUCAACAAAUGAAGAAACUCAUAAUCAAAAUAAAACAUUCUAUCGUUUAUUUAUACAAUUUCUUGCGUCGAAUCUUGGUUUAGUUAUUUUUGUUGUUGCCUAUAGUGUUGGGGGUACAUUUCUUUUUAUUUUACUCGAACAAUAUAUUGAAUUACAAAAUUGUCAACUAGCUAGUUUAGACGAAGAAAUUUCAAUAGCAAGUCUAUCUGAAACAAUAUAUAAUUAUGUUGUUAUAUCAACUGAUAAUACAACAAUAAUCUAUGAGCAAAUAAUUGAUUGUUUGAAUAAUUUUACAAAUGAUAUAUAUGAUCGUAAAAGUGAUUUUCGAUAUACAGGACAAGAUUGUUCAACUACGUCAGGAUGGACAUUUCCAUCAGCAUUACUUUUUACAAUAACAGUUAUAACAGCCAUUGGUUUUGGACAUAUAACACCAAUAUCAUGGGAAGGACAAAUCACAUGUAUUUGCUACGCAUUAAUUGGCAUUCCAAUGUUUCUUAUUUGUUUAACAAAGAUAAGUUCUAUGCUUGGUGAUAUGUUUCGUUUGAUUUAUUCAACAUUUAUUCGUUGUAUUUGUUGCUAUUGUCGUAUUCGUACACGUUCUCAAAAUUGUACAAUAUCAAUUGAUCCAAGUUGGCCAGAAGCAAAUGAUCAAUUUAAUGAAGAUCAAUUAAGUAAUUAUAAAGAUGAUAAUGUUGAAGAAAUAGACGAUGUUUGGAAUCGAGUUGAAAGUCAAAUACCUGUUUUAGUAAUUAUUUUAAUUAUAAUUGGUUAUGUUUGUUUGGGAGCAUAUAUGUGUCAUCAAUUUGAAGGUUGGACAAUAACUGAAUCGGUUUAUUUUUGUUAUAUUACAUUAGCUACUAUUGGAUUUGGUGAUUAUGUACCAGGUAUAACGUCAGGUUCAACAGACGGUUUACGUUUUCUGGCUACUUCACUUUAUAUAAUUGUUGGUUUAGCUGUGUUAGCGAUGUGUUUUGAUUUAAUAAAAGAAAGUAUUUUUGAAAAGUUCGCAUGGAUUGCCAUUAAACUUGGUAUUGUUGCUGAAGAUGAUGAUCAAAUCGAUAAAGACCAUACACAAUAUGCAAAUUUUGAAUAUUUACAACAAGGAAACAUGAAUAAUGGAUACUUAAAUGAACAGUAUGAAUUUUAUGAUACACUCUCUGAUUAUGAUUAUUUCUUAACUGAUGGACAGUGGUUUUCUGGUAUUAAAGAUAAAGUUGAAACAAUGAAUUAG